GGGACACUCCUUAUUCAUCAGUCUCGGACAGGGAUCUCAAGAAUUUCCUGCUUGCCGGAAAGAGAUUGGAGAAAGUGGACAGCUGCACGGACGAUAUGUAAGAUUUUCAUUGAUUUUCAUUUUUAUUGUAUGAACCCGCUAACUAACUUUACUUUGGGAAAAGCAACUAGCUCAAUGCUAUCAGGACAGGAAUAUAUAUGAAUGACAGCGUGCAAGCAAUGUGUUAAAACGUUGACAAAAGACCAUUGUUUGACAUGCAGCUGGCAAUUUUCAUAUUUUCUAAUUAGAAAAUUAUUAUUAUUAUUAUUAUUAUUAUUAUUAUUAUUAUUAUUAUUAUUAAAAACUUUGGAUGUUCCCCAAAGGGCUUUUCAGCAUACAAUUACAAUACGCAAUUUAAAAUAAAGCUAUGCUAUACUAUUCAAAAUCUAAGUUAUGAUUGUCUAUUAAAACAUUCAUAUAUAUGAUACUAAGAAUUUAAAAGGUGUUCUUUUAGUUUUUUUCUUAAAAACCUUGAGUUCUGGAAUCUUUUCCAGUUCAUCAUCAAUAUCGUUCCAUAUCUUAACUGCGCAAUAAUGAAAUGUUCUUUGCCCAGCAGUAGUUUUAUAGCUUGGAAUAUUUAAACAGUAGUUAUUUCUAGACUGGCAAUUAUGAAAAUCAGAUCGCUUUGUGAAUUUAUUUGCAAGGUAACUUGGCGCAAGGUUGUUCAGGCAUUUAUAAGUCAUUAUCGUGUCUUUGUAAAAAAGUAAGUUUUCAAUAGAUAGCCAGUUAAGUUAUUGAAGACCUGGUGUUACAUGGUCAAACUUUUUAAUACUCGUGAUGAUUCGGCAUGCGAAGUUCUGGACUGUUUGCAAUUUCUUUAGAUUUUUCGAUGAGGUACGUAUUAGCCCACACAGAAGAACUAUAUAACAACUUGUUAAUCACCAAAGCUUCAAUAAGUAAUAUUAAAGUUUUUUAUCAAAGCUCUCCUUUACUCGACUAAUUUGACAUAAUUUUUUUAUGCACGUUGACGACAGUUUAGAAAUAUGGUCAUCAUAGGAGAGAUGUAAAUCAAGGUGCAUCCCCAAGUUUUUGACAUCUGAAACUGGUUUAAGAGUUUUUCCGAGAAAGUUCAUAUUGAUUUGUGUUGGUAAAUUCUGUAGCAUUGAUCUUGUGCCUGCUAAGAGGAAUUUGGUCUUGUCAGGAUUGAUUAAUAAUUGAUGUUCCAAGCACCAUUUAGCGGUUUUAUACAGAUCGUUUUCUAGUUUAGCUAUUGUCUGUUGUACGUCUUCGACAAGAAAUGCAAGAUGGAGUUUUGAAUCGUCAACGUAAGAGUCGAGAUCACUUGAAACCGUUACAGCUGGUAGAUCAUUAACGUAAAUUCCAAACAAAAAUGGUGAAAGAAUAGAGCCCUGGGGCACUCCAUGGGUUAGUGCGCUAGUUGAGGAAACAGUAGAUCCUAUUCGGAUACGUAUUGCGAUCUGCCCGACAGAUAGCUUUCAAACCAUUGAAUGGCUAGCGGAGACGCUCCUAACGCAUUUUAACUUAUGCAAUAGGAUUGUAUGAUUGAUGCUGUCAAAGGCCUUAGACAGCUCCAAUAAAAUGAGGGCUGUUACAUGUUUUUUGUCCAUGGCUUCCAGCAUCUUGUCCGUAAUGAAGAUGUUUAAAGUUUCUGCACAGUGGUGUUUCCUAUUUCCAUUUUGAUGUGGUGAUAAACGUUGGUUUUCUGUUAUGUAUGAACUAAAUUGGUCGAGUGCAACUCUUUGACAGACCUUUGAUAAAACCUCUAAAAGUGAAAGGGGUCGAUUAUUAGACGGUAUCUCUUGAUCGCCAUCUUUAUGCAAUGGUAUUACUUCAGAUAGUUUCCACUUAUCUGGAAACUUGCCUAACGUUAAGGAACUGUUAGUUAGGUUCGUAAGGGGGCCCAGAAUGACUGGUAGACAAUCUUUAAUAACACCCAUGCUGAUCUUAUCCGGUCCCGGUGGUUUGUUUCUGGGCAUUGCCAUAACUUUCUCAGCGCGACCCUAUUAUCGUAAUGCACUCAUGCAAUACGACUUUGACAUGUCAUAUCUUCGGUUCGUUGAAUGCAAUGUGGACAAAAAUACCACCAUUCGAUUCAGUGUAACGAAAUCUCUUCAUUCGUAACGAUAGUUUUAGUCAAUGACAAUAUUAUAGCGAUUUAUGAGCUUUGAAAGUAAAGCGAGAUCGUAUAUGAUCAAAUUUCGCAUUAUUACCAACAAAUUAUAAAAACAUAAACAUACAUUUCGCCGAACAUAAUUUCGGCCCCCAUGAGACGUAUGCUCAUUUUGAUAUUCUUGAUGAAUUAAGCAUUGAAAAUACCAUGUAGAGUGUUAUUUUCAAGCUUCUAUCUUUAAAGUGUGACUUUUAGUGCCGAAUUUUACAUUUCUGGCCUGAAUUUGCGAUAAUCCCAACCGGAAAUACAACUAAAUAUCGUCAAAACAAUGCCACGUUUGUAUCGCGUGUCUCUGGAAAUGCCAGAAAUUGAUUCUACAGGUCAAAGUGCACCUAUACGCGUGAGUUUAACGUCAUCCCGGCUAAAGGAGCUCCUUAUUGGCCAAGUAUUGCGUAAUCCACGCGCGUGCGAAUAAAACCCGAUACUUUGAAAAAUUCAAAAUAAAUAUUUCUACUCGCCGUAUUCAUACGAAACUUUCUACACGAAUGCGCUUGAAUACAAAGAGUAUUUUACUCAUAUAGCCUUUCAGAAAAUGACGAAUGGUUUAAAAAAUAUUCACCUUUUUUUCUUUUCCCGUUUUAAUGUUUGGCAUUCAAGUAUAAAUAUAUGAUUGUUUCGGUUUGUGUAAUGUUUUGACGGCACUUGAGCCCCCGUUCGAAAGGUUAUUUUAUGAGGAUUUCAAUGGUGGGUUUUAUUUUAAAGGGGGGUAAAUACUCGCCGAGAUAUUUACAUUAGAAAAAUUGAAUCGUAAUGUAAUGUGAAACCACGCGCUGAGAAAGAGUAAAUUUAAACUGUUGAUUCGUGGGAUAGAUUUUAGAGUUCAACAUAGGAUCCGAUAAUGCAAUGUUGUUUUUGUUUGCCAGAUCUAAUGCUGUAGCGGCGGUGAUUUUUCCAACUGAGGUGAAGUAGUUAUUAAAAUCUUCAACAAUCGAGUUGAGGUCUUUCGUGUAGAUAUGUUUUUCCUUCUCUUUUACAGGUAUAGUUUUAUUAAUUUUUUUUCCAGAGAGAACCUGAAUUAUUCUUAUGGACUUUAACUUCAUCAGAUAGAUGGUUUAUUGCUGCCUCCUUAAGCAUAACUUUAACUUUGUUACGAGAUUCUGUGUACAUUUCCCAAUCCAGCUUGCAACAUGUUUUAAGAAAUCUCUGAUGUAGUUUGUCUCGAGGUUUCACGAGUUCUUUCGUGUCGGGUGUAACGAAUGUGUUGGAGCGGCUCCUAAUUUUGAUUGUUUUAAUUGGUGCAUGUAAAUCCAAGGUUGACUGAAUAACAUCCUCAAGGACUUCAGUUUUAGUAUUUACAUCUGUUUCAGUAAAUAUGGAUAAAAGAUCAGAUUUCGUAGCCAGAUCAGAAGAGAAAGCUGUGGGAUCAUAAUUUUUAUAACUUCUCACCGUGAUGUAAAUAGGCGGUGGUGUCUUUGGAACCUUCAGUUUCGUUGAUACGUAAAUUGGAAAAUGGUCGCUGAUUGCAGAAUCUAAUACACCGCUUUCAAGGACUACGGCUUCAGUAGAAACUAGUAUAACAUCGAUGAGUGAUUGCGACGUGUCUGUAAUCCUCGUUGGUUCCUUGAUUAUUUGCUAAAGAUUUAAAUGAUUGCAAAGUUCUGUAAUAGCUCUUUUCUCUGGGCAAUCUUUAAGUAAGUUACAGUUCAAGUCACCAAGAUUAAAAAUUUGGUUUAUUCAUAGAUAAUGCCCGAACAUAAUUUUGUCUAAAAUCAUCCUGAAUGCAAUUGAGGGGCAGUCCGGAGGUCUAUAAGUCACGCAAAUCAUUAUUGUCUUCAUUUUCUUAUUUUAAAAAAAUAAGCAUUCUGAGAGUUUGUUAUGUUCAAUUUUUAAAGUGUAGUGUAAUAUACAAUAGAAUCAAUAUCAAGAAGUAAAUAGCAAUUAGCAAACGCAAUGAAGGAAAAUAAACUGACAUUGUACAGGGAGUGUUAUGUUCCAUUCAGUCUCUCUAGAGUAAAUUUUUUAAAACUAUAAUUAAUAUCUUUUUUAUCAAAACCGUACAUGCAUGUACGAAUGCUUGAGAGCCAAUCAGUCCAGGAAAAAUCUCAGUACUCCUAUGUGGCAUUAGAGACCUUACGAUGUUGGACGACAACGUGACGACGACGGCCAUAACAAAAGUAUUCAAAUAAAUUUUUGAAAAGAAAGUUUAAAUGACUAUCAUUGUAUAAUAUUAUUGAUUUGGAUGACGUCCCGAACUCCCUUGAGAUAUUAAUUAUUCGAAUAAAUUAUCGAAAAGACAGUUUUAAGAUUAUUAUUCUAUAUAAUAUUAUUGAUUUGGAUGACGUCUCAAACACCCUUGCGAUAAUCAUUAUUCAUUUCUUUUCUUAAAUAAUAUAUUAUGAAUCUCAUUGUAUUAAUAGCCGUCGUUGACUCGUUGCCGUUGUUUAUUACUUUGAAGAACACCAAAGAGCUCAAUGUGUGUUUUUCUCAAUCUUCAUGUUAGAAACUUCGAGUUUGAGGCAGCAUUUUCCUGCCGAUAGUAACCCAUGAUUAUUUUAUUUAAAUUUUGGACAAUCCAAAUCUUACAAAGGGAAAUGCCAAAAUAAUAAUUAUAUUUAUAUAAUUAUUUUAGAUAUAAGAUAAUGCUAAAGUGUUGGAGCCAUCUUCCAAAAGACAGACCAACAUUUACUGAAUUAUCAGACAUAUUAUGGGAUCUUGAGCAUAAAGAAAAGCCCUAUGUCAAUUUAGACAGUUUAAUACAGCAGUCUAUGCAAAGUGAAG